GAUCACCAUCUCUUCUCUUCAUCGCCGGUCUCCUCUACCACCUCUCUCUUUCUUCUCCCACAUACUCCUUACAUCUACCACUACAAAAUGUCUGAAGAGGAAGAGCAUCAAACUUUCGAGGCUGUCGGUGCGGGCGCCUCGUUGACCUUCCCUAUGCAAUGUUCUGCUUUGCGCAAAAACGGUCACGUUGUCAUCAAAGGCCGCCCUUGCAAGAUCGUUGACAUGUCCACCUCCAAAACCGGAAAGCACGGUCACGCCAAGGUCCAUCUUGUUGCUAUUGAUAUUUUCACCGGAAAGAAGUUGGAAGACAUCUCUCCUUCCACCCACAACAUGGAUGUUCCCAACGUCCACCGCAACGAAUUCCAGCUCGUCAACAUCGACGACGGUUUCCUUAACCUCAUGACUCAGGAUGGGACCCCUAAAGAUGAUGUUAAAGUCCCUGACAGCGAUCUUGGCAAGGAUAUCCAGGGCCAGUUUGACGAUGGCAAGGAUUUAUUGGUCACCAUUAUAUCUGCUAUGGGCGAGGAGCAGGCCAUCUCUUUCAAGGAGGCUCCCAAGGGCAGUUAAUUUUUUUACUUGUGUGGUUCCCCUCGGUGUGCUUGUUGUUAUCGUUAUCCCCCUCUUAUUUCCUGCUGUCCGAAACGUCACAUCUACAGCAAGCUCUUCUCAUCCACCGAUCUCACAUACUCCUCCUCCUCCUCCUCCCGCCCGUUGUGCCUGUGUUACAUACAUACAUAUCAUUACAUGUCGAUCUCUGUUGUUGUAUUCCAAUCAGGAUGAAAUG